AGCUCAAAACCCUGCGGCGCGUUCCCGACUCGGGCACCCUGUGUCGACUAUGCAAUCAGGCGGGACAUCGAGGGUUUAAAGGGGCUUUUCAAGAGAGGCGCAGCGUCGCCUUGUGAUGUCAGUGACACGCGAGGUUAUUCUCUACUUCGGUGGGCCUUAGGUAUAUGCGAAUCAGUUUGAAACCGUUCGCUUCCUCGCCAUGCAAGGCGAACGACCUUCUCCUGCAAGGUGUCAGCAAAGCAACAGAGCAGAUUCUGAUGCCCCUGAGUAGUGGCGGGAGCUAUUGGGCGGAUGAGCAGGAAUUUACGACCCUUCGUAGGAUCGUUAGGUACCGGGCUAUCAUCCAAGGAUCUAGAAACAGAGCUGCAGGCGCGUCCAGAAGACAUCGGCAAACCGGACGGUCUAGGCCGCAGCGCAGUACCGUAUCCUGGGCGGCCGCUCGUGGUCCCGAAGGACAUAUCUCGCUGCUCCUGUCGCACGGCGCAACCCCGAAUAUCCUGGACGUCCAACUCGCCGGCCCCGUGGCCUACUCUGCCGACCGCAGCCACGACAUCUUGGCUUUGCUUUUGGGCCGAUGGGCCGAGUACAGUGGUAGUGUAUGCCCACGACGUGGACGGGAAGCUGCCGACGGCGUUCAGUGACUUCUUGGACACGGUGGCUGAAUCACAUUGCGCCGCAGGGAGUCCAGAAGAAGCGGUCGGCGAUGAAGGAUUACCUGGAUAUGAAUGUCGAAAGGGGAUAUCUGGUGGGUGAUUCGGAAAAUAGUGACGAGUUUCUUCGACGCUGCGGCAAACUGAUGCUAAGAAAUAGGUACCCGGGUAGGUAUCAAACCGAGGGCGUACGAGCAGGGCUUUUUUUAGUUUGAU